AUCAAAUAAUUAACCCUUUUAUUUUUCUUCUUCUUCUCAUUAUUAUUAUCAUUAUGUAUGUAGUGUUGGGAGAAGAUGGUGAUAUUUGUGGAAAAACGGUCUGUUGAUUCAAAACCAAGCAGUAGCGAUGGUUCGGGUUCUUCUAGUCCAAAGGAGCCAUAUCAGAUUUAUAAGGAGAAGGUCGACAUAUCUAGAGUGCCUAGGAUUUUUCUUGAAUAUGAUGAUGGUCUUGGAGAAGAAGGGGAGGAAGAGGAUGGUGUCUACCUGUUUCCUGGAAACGAUGUCGAACUUUUAGAUAUGACUCCGAGACCGAUGAUGUUGCCUCGGGUGGUUGGUAUUUCCAAGCCUUCUGAGAUUUAUCUUGUAGAUGUGAAAGCUGACAGUUGUACAGUGGAGGAGUGCCUCGAACUGCUGAAAAGAAUUGGCUGUGACAACAAAUUUAUCACCAAUUCGGUGGAAAGUGCACGUCUUUUCUAUGCUGAGUUGAACGAGGAUGAGGCUGUCAAGCUCAAAGGUUUGAAUGAAAUUGACGAAGUAUAUCGGCGUAGGGAUCUUCUGUUUGACUUGUAGCAAGACAAAGUUAAUGUGGCUUAGCAGGAUUGGCAAAGUCUUAAGUUAUUGGUUUCUUUACAUAUUCUGAAGUAAUUAAAUGAUGCCUGCAGGGCUAACUCUGGUGGUCAAACUUAUAUAAGGUAUAAAAUUUUGAUUGGCAUGUCUUUGUUAAGCUUGUAUAAACCUUACUAUGGCAGAGAAACGGGAACCUGCAUGGCUUUAUGUAUGCGUACGCUUAUUAUUGA